CUCCGUCAGAUCAUUUAUCUCCAUUUCCACUUGUGCUACAGAGAGAUAAUUGAAAAGCAAUCAAACAAGCCCUAGCCGUCGGCGAAAUGGCGAGAACGAAGCAAACCGCUCGGAAAUCAACCGGAGGCAAGGCUCCUCGGAAGCAACUGGCAACUAAGGCAGCUCGGAAAUCUGCCCCUGCGACCGGUGGUGUGAAGAAGCCCCACCGGUUCCGUCCUGGAACUGUUGCACUGAGGGAGAUCCGAAAGUACCAGAAGAGCACUGAGCUGUUGAUCCGAAAGCUGCCGUUCCAGAGGCUGGUGAGGGAAAUUGCUCAGGACUUCAAGACUGAUCUUCGCUUCCAGAGCAGUGCUGUUUCCGCGUUGCAGGAGGCCGCCGAGGCCUACCUCGUUGGACUGUUUGAAGAUACCAAUCUCUGCGCCAUUCACGCCAAGAGGGUCACCAUUAUGCCCAAAGACAUGCAGCUCGCUAGGAGAAUCAGAGGCGAGAGGGCUUAAUCUCUUCUUAUUAAUGUGCUUUUUUGGCUUGCACUAUGUAUUAUUGUAAUCUUAGGAACAAGUCAUUUGCAGUAUUAUUGUAAUCCUAGCAGGAAGAAAUUAAGUGGAAUGCAAUUAUUGCUUGUUUAAGAAUUUUA